AACAACUUCGGUCAUCAAAAUCGUUCCUAAAUUAAGGAACUUUAGUAGUAAUAGCCUGUGUUCAUAGCGCGCUCAUAGUAUGAGACUACAUAGUGGCAGACCAUAGUGUUAAGAGGCAUGCUUUGGAUUCGCCUCAUAACUUCCAUUUGGUGUCAUCUUCCAGAACACGCUUCGACACCUUCGAAUAAAAUCGACCAAUUCUGUAGUCUUGCGGACACAUGUAUUCACGAUACGAUACCAAUAUGCGGACGAAUGGGCGAAGAAACGAGAACGUUUCUCGAUCUUUGCGAUUUGUUGGAGUUCGCUUGCGAUACCAAUCAAGUGUACGCGCACGUAGAUGACAUGGAAGGAUGUCCAGUAUUUAAGUUUUAAAUUUCUGUAUAAUUUUAUGAUGCUUUCAAGUUAAUUUAGUAUAUAUUUAAAUUAAAUUAAUUAAUAUAAAAAUUAAUAGAAAUCUGUGCUAUUGUAUAUGUUUGCAAUUUUUACACCUGCACGAGUGUAUAGUAAAACAAAUAGUUUUACCUAAAAUCUUGAUAGUAACAAAGAGGUUGUUAGCUUAUAGCUUAUA